CAAAUAUAAUAUAAAAAUUUUGUUAUUUAAAUUGUGAUAUUGUGAAAAAGAAAACAGUUAAAUAUAUAUAAAUAUAAUAAUAAAGUAAUUAAUAAAAUAUGAUAGAAAUGGAAAUGAAUUCUAAUAAUGAUUCGGCAAUUGAAAUUGAAAAUAUUUUUAAUAGCCAACAAGAUAUUAAUAGUAAUGUAUCAACAUUACGAUUUUCUAAUAUUAAAUUUAAUGUUAAAGAAAUUGGCUGUAAACCAAAAACAAUACUAAAAGAUAUUAGUGGUGAAUUCAAAUCCGGCCGAUUAUCAUUAAUGUUAGGGCCAUCUGGAGCUGGAAAAACUUCAUUAUUAAAUGUUUUAUCUGGUUUUAAACAAAAUUUCUCCGGCAAAAUUUAUUAUAAUGAUAAAGAAUGUAAAUUACAUAUGUACAGAAAAAUAGUAUCGUAUAUAACACAAGAUUUUGGUAUGUUUGAAAAUUUGAAUACUAAAGAGACUAUUAAUUUUGCAGCUAACAUGAAGUUAACUGGCAAAUUUAUGAAAGACAAAGUCAAUGUGAUAAAUGUUAUUAUUAAACUUUUAAAUUUGGAUAAAUGUAGUAAUUGUCUUGUUUCAAAAUUAUCUGGUGGUGAACAGAAACGUUUAUCAAUUGCUGUAGAACUUAUAACAAAUCCUCCAGUUAUGUUCUUUGAUGAACCAACAAGUGGUUUAGAUAUAGUAGCUUCAACACAAAUUCUAGCUUAUUUAAGAAAAUUAGCGUUAGGUGGAAGAAUUAUAGUUUGUGUUGUUCAUCAACCAAGUUCACAUUUAAUGAAAUUAUUUAAUGAUACAUUAGUGAUAGCAGAUGGCCAUAAAUUAUAUAAUGGUAGUGUUAGCGGUAUGGUAGAUUAUUUUAAAAAAUGGUGUCUAGUUUGUCCAGAAUUUUAUAAUCCAGCUGAUUUCGUUUUAGAAAUAGCUAGCGGUCAAUAUGGACAAAAUAAAGUUUCGGAUAUUAUUGAUGAAGGACUGAAAAAUACAAAUUUUGUAUCUUGUAAAGAAGAAAUUGCUGAUUACAACAAUAGUUGUGAAAAUACGCCAAUGUUAUCAAAUUCAACAUAUCAAAAUUCAAAUCAUCAUUUAAUUUGUUUUAAUGUUAUUAGCGAGAACACAAACCAUAAAAAAUUUUCAAAGAAUUUUUUUCAGCAAGUUAAUUAUUUAGUACGUAGAUCAUUGCGCUCUCAAACGAGAGAUUUUAUGUGUGUUCAACUUAGAAUUUUAUGUCAUAUUUUUGUUGGAAUUUUAAUUGGUGUUGUAUUUUAUGAUAUUGGUAGUGAGGCAUCAAAAGUUUUAAGUAAUGCUUCAUGUUUAUUUUUCUUUGUAAUGUUUUUAUUUUUUUCAAAUACAAUGCCAGGCAUUUUAUCAUGUCCAUUAGAAACAUCAGCAUUUUUAAGAGAACAUUUAAAUGGAUGGUAUUCAAAAGAGUCAUAUUUUAUUUCAAAAUUAAUUUCUGAUAUACCAUUACAAUUGAUUUGUCCAACAGCAUUCAUUUCAUUUGCUUACUAUCUUACUGGUCAGCCAAUGGAAAGCGAAAGAUUUGCUCAAUCUUGGUUAAUUAGCUUUUUAACAGUAAUGUUAGGACAAUCAAUUGGUUUAGUUGCUGGAUCAUCUUUUUGUUUAAAGUUGGCAGUUUUUAUAGUACCAGCAACAUGUAUACCAAUGUUAAUAUUCUCUGGAUUUUUUAUUAGAAGCCAUGAAUUGUCUGUAUAUUUACAGCCUUUAACACACAUUUCAUAUUUCCGGUAUAGUUUCGAAGGAUUUAAUCAAGCAAUUUAUGGAAAUAAUCGUACAGAUUUGAAUUGUUCAAUACCAUUCUGUUAUUUUAGAACAGCUAAAAAAUUCCUUGAAGAAAUGGAUAUGGAUGAAGAUGUUUAUUUAAAUGAUAUAAUAGCCUUAAUAUCUUUUAUAUUAUUCUUUCAUUUCUUAUUAUAUAUAAGUUUAGUUGUGAAAGUGAAAAGGGCUCAAGCAUAGAGUUUUUGUAUAUUGCAAACAAAAAAAAAAAUUGUUAAUAAUGAGAUUUAUUUUUUUUUUUUUAAUAUUUUUUUAAAUUUUUUUUGUAUUAUAAAUUUUUAUUAUAUCGAUAUGUUUGUAUGUAAAUUUUAAGAAAAUGAAAAUCGAAAAAAAGAGAUUUUUUCAAGUAUAACAGUUUAAUUGAAAAUUUAUUAA